UACAGGUCUAAGAAUAAUAGACCGUGGAGCCAAAGGAGGAGCGGAGUGACUAGGGUCGAGUAGGGACUGAUUAUUUAUAAUCCGAUAAAAUGAAACGUUCUUAUACUUUUCGAAAAUACUUACAAAUUGUGGUUAUUAUUACCAGUUAUCUUUCUACUGCUCGUCUGUCCGCGGACAUCACAUCUAUGACUCUCGUUCAAAACAAAAUUUGGAUUUACUAGGACUUAUUUUGUUCAAGUGACGUUUAUCCAUAUAACAAACAGUGUCAAUAUUUAAACGCAAAAUACUUCCUCAACUUCAUUAGUUAUCAAAACAACAAAUAUGACUGCCCAAGAGUCUUCAGCAACAAUACCUCCUCAGGACACUGAGAAUGAAGAUGAUAUUUUGGCAAAACGAUUUAAAGGUCUGGAAAAAAAUAUAUGGUACGAAUAUCAAUAAUAAAAUUUGUUUAUUAUUAAACAUGACCACUAAUUAUAAAUUCGAUAAGAAGACAAUGAGUUUUUAUCUAUAGUUAUUGUUUGUCGUUUAUCUUUUCCAGGAUUGAAUUCACCACUUUAGCCCUAACCCAUAAUGCUGUUAACUUAGGUUAAUUAUUUUUAGUUUUCAUUACUUUAACAAAGGAAUGCUUUACGAUUUUUUAUUUUAGGCCAAGGAUUCAUUGAUUAUGCACCACCACAGUAUGUGAUAGACUCUUAUCGUCAAACUGCCGAUGAUCCAAAUAUACUUCUUUAUCAAUAUACCCGCGGAUUUGGUCACCGUCGUUUAGUAAAUGCUAUUGCUCAAGUAUAUUCAAAAUAUUUUUUUCGUGAAUUGGAUCCACUAAAUCAAAUACUUGUAACAUCUGGUGCAUAUCCGUCAUUAUUUAAUGCUAUCAAUGGGUUCUUGAAUCCGGGAGAUGAAAUUAUUCUAAUUGAACCAUUCUUCGACUGCUACGAACCCAUGAUAAAAUCAACCGGUGGCAUCCCUCGCUGUAUUGCUCUGAAACCGAAAUCAAGCUCGACUAAUGUAGAAGUGUCUAGCAGUUCGGAUUGGGUUUGGGAUGAUAAUGAACUGGAAUCGAUGUUCAACAAAAAAACCAAAGCAAUUAUUAUUAAUUCACCGAAUAAUCCACUCGGAAAAGUAUACACUCGUCAAGAGUUAGAAAAAAUUGCUAGUCUAUGCCAAAAACAUAAUGUGUAUUGUAUAUCAGACGAAGUUUACGAAUGGAUAGUAUAUCCGGGACAUGAACAUAUUCGUAUGGCUACAUUACCAAACAUGUGGGAACGAACAUUAACAAUUGGUAGUGCGGGAAAGACGUUUAGUUCAACAGGUUUUAAAUGUGGAUGGACCAUAGGACCCGAAAAAUUGAUACGAGUAUGCCAAAUAGUACAUCAGAAUUGUGUGUACACAAGUCCUACAUUUCCACAAGAUAUUGUGGCCCGUUGUUUUGAACAUGAACUAAAACGUUUAGAUUCACCCGACUGUUAUUUUAAUUCAAUAUCUAGUGAAUUGAUUAAAAAACGCGAUCGAAUUGUUCAAGCUUUAAAAGAGUGUGGAAUGAAACCAAUCGUACCAGAUGGAGGCUAUUUUAUUCUGGCAGAUUGGACAAAAUUUGAUAAUGGUAGUUUUGAAUCGGACAAUGAAGAAUUGAAAGAUUUUAAAUUUGUCAAAUAUUUAACAACAGAAAAGCAAUUUGCCACAAUUCCACCAUCUGCUUUUUAUACAAAAGAUCACGGAUCAAUGGCUGUAAAGUAUAUUCGAUUAUGUUUUGCCAAAAAAGAUGAAACUCUCGAAAAAGCAAUAAAAAUUUUGAAAAGUUUGUAA